AAUAAGGAGUUCUCUUUGGCCGUAUUGCGGCGUUUUCGGAGCAUGAUAAUGCACCAUCGCAUCAGUCGACCGAAGAGAUAAAACAAAAUUCUUUAAAGGAGCUGACGGCCAUCCCAAAAAAUGCUUAUGAAAAGUGUUUCGUUGGCAAAAGUUAUAUACGAUCUCUGGUGGGGAUUACUUUGAAGGCGACAAAAUAAAUAUUGAUGAAUAACUAAUGGAGGCAGAUGCCGCUCAUUAGCAAAAUUAUUUACUACCAACAGCCCUUUAUCGAUCAUUUGGUUAACACUUGGCUGGAGCCAUUACCUUUUCCGACAAUACUCAAGGUGUUGGUCACCUUCAUUUUGGCAAUAUUCAUCCUGCUACCGAUCUUAUAUCCAGCGAUCAUAUUCAUUUGGUCCUACGCUGAGGUGCAGUAUAUCAUCGAAAACCACUACGACAUAGCCUUCCCGGAUAAACUGAAUGUGCUCGGCUAUCUGCACCGUCUCUACACCUUCCGCAUUGCCAAUGAAAAAUACAAUCUCUUUCUGGUGUUGUAUUUGGAGCGCUGGCGCAUAGUGGCCACGGCGAUCGCCUCAACAACUGACUAUAUACGGCUGGCGCUGUGUCUGGUCGUCAACACGCAAUAGAGAAACUACUUUAUUGUACAUAUAUUAGUGGCUAUACACAAUUAAAAACUUUA